AUGGAUGCUUUCUAUCUCCGCGGCAAUACCUCGAGCGAGAAUGGCAUCGAUCUCCGUGAUUUGCAGAUCCCUCUCUUCCGUCCUUUUCGAGCACUUAAGGUCUGGUUUGUCAUACGGACCUACGGAGUUGAGGGUUUUACGGGGCUUAUAUCAGAAACCACAUCGGGCUUGGACCUCUUCACUGUAGCGGUCCCUCCUGCUUUUGCCCUUACCGCAAUCAAUAUCAUCCCUUGUGCAUCAAAUGGUGGUCGGGAUACAAACGGAUUGACCAAGGCUGUUUACACCUUGAUUUGCCAACAAGGCGAAAUCAUGGUCACGAGUACGGUCGUCGCAGGUCUUUACAUAAUUCGAGUUGUGAGCUCCAACCCAGAUUCCCAAGGGAAGUAUAUCGAGAGGGCGUUCACGAUUCUGGUUACGGCGGCAGAGGACGUGCUCAGUAGGGGCUGA